CGAGCCGCAGGAGCCGAGGGCGCUGGCGGCGGCGGCGGCGGCGGCCACGGCAGCCGGGGUGGAGGAGGAGGAGCGGCUGGAGCGGGAGCAUUUCCGGAGGAUCAUCAACGCCUUCCGAUACUACGGAACGAAUAUGCAUGAACGAGUGAACAGAACAGAGAGACAGUUUAAAUCUCUCCCAGCUAACCAACAGAAUCUUCUUCCUCAAUUCCUUCCCCACCUUGACAAGAUUCGGAAGUGCAUUGAUCAUAACCAAGAGAUCCUACAGACCAUCGUGAAUGACUGCGUUCAUAUGUUUGAAAAUAAAGAAUAUGGAGAAGACGGAAGAGGGAACAUUACACCAGCUUCAACAUUUGACAUGGAUAAAUUAAAAUCCACUUUGAAACAAUUUGUAAGAGACUGGAGUGAAGAGGGAAAGCCUGAGAGAGAUUCCUGCUACCAGCCAAUCAUUAGUGAAAUUACAAAGAACUUUCCAAAAGAAAAAUGGGAUUUCUCCAAAGUUAAUAUCCUGGUACCUGGUGCUGGGCUAGGUAGAUUGGCGUGGGAAAUAGCUAAGCUCGGUUAUGCUUGCCAAGGAAAUGAAUGGAGCCUCUUUAUGCUCUUUUCUUCUAACUUUGUACUCAACAGAUGCUCUGAAAUUAACUCAUGUAAGCUUUAUCCCUGGAUUCAUCAGUUUAGCAAUAAUAGAAGAUCUGCUGAUCAGAUACGUCCAAUUUAUUUCCCUGAUGUUGAUCCUCACAGUCUUCCUUCUGGUUCAAACUUCUCUAUGACAGCUGGGGAUUUUCAAGAAAUUUAUUCUGAGUGCAAUACAUGGGACUGUAUAGCAACUUGCUUUUUCAUAGACACAGCACAUAACGUUAUUGAUUACAUUGAUACGAUAUGGAAAAUACUGAAGCCUGGAGGAAUAUGGAUAAAUGUAGGUCCUCUCCUCUACCACUUUGAAAACUUAGGAAAUGAACUUUCUAUAGAACUUAGCUAUGAGGAUAUAAAAAAUGUUAUACUACAAUAUGGAUUCCAUAUAGAGGUGGAAAAAGAAUCUGUACUGUCAACUUACACUGUGAAUGAACUCUCCAUGAUGAAAUACUACUAUGAAUGUGUGUUGUUUGUGGUGAGAAAACCAGAAUAGGAGUGGUCUGAGUAGGUUAAUCAGAAGUAAAUGUUGGCUUGAAAGCUAACCGUGAGGGUAAAAUGGACUGGGUGAUGUCUGGACACAACCUCAAAUCAGUGGUGCCUUCUUAUUCCUAAUAGUAUUUAGAUAGUGUCUAUUUUCUUAAUAUCUCUUGCUAUCCAGACAUGUUCUAUGCCAUGCAUAUUUGUAAUAUACUUGUGAAAAUGGAGGAAGAAAUGUUCACAUAUACUUAUUUGUGCUUUGGAAUGCGUUAAAAACAAAAGCAAAAACAUUUUCUUGAGAGUAAAGUUUAAUGUUUGCCAUAAUCAGGCUAAUUCUCUGCAUAUGCUGCGUCAUUUUUCAUAGAUUUAUAAUUAAUAUCUUUUUUCUGCUUUCUGAUGUUACGAAUGCAUAGUGGUGCUUACUGUACUAGCUAUGUCACAUUUAGAGAAGUACUUCUAAACAUAUAUUUAAAUUAUGAAGUCUGAAGUGGUUGGAAAGUGAUAAAAUUAUUCUUGAUAGAUACAAUAGCCAUCAGAACUGUUACAGCAUUCUCUGUGGAACUGAAAUGAAAUGCAUUAUACAAAUGCUAAUCUUUGUAUCGCUCUUGACAAUUUAAUCAAAACACAGAACCUAUAGACAAUAAGAAAUACUAUGUGAAAGCUGAGUACUGAGUAAAGGAAAAGCAGCAUGUCACCAAAAAGCCGUAUGUUAACCUCAUUUCAGGAAUAACUCUGAUUUUGAUUAAUCUCUUAGUGUUGAAACUGAAAUAUGUUAGAGGCUUUGCCAUCUUAAAAUACAUUGAUUUUGAGUCACCUACUUACUGCUUAAGCCAAAACAAUGAAGCAGUAUUUUUGUUAAACAUAGUUAACAGAAAGUCAUAUUAUAACUUGAGCUUUUUAAAAGUUGAUAACAUAGCUGAGUUACUCAUGCAAAGUGUAGGUAGUGCAACAGAAAAAUCCCUGUUUCUUAAAGGGAGAAAAAAAACAGUUAUAUGUAAAUAGUGUGUGCUGUAACCUAAUCAUCUCUACCUGAGUCAGCAUAUGCAGGCCUGUUGGUAGAGUUUCCUUCUGACUUCAGGCAAUUUAGCCUUGUGACUAAGUGACUUCUUGGUUCCUUAUCAUAAUGCGUUUUGUUGUGGUUUUUUUUUUGUUCUGGCAGAUGUCCCUUACAUGAAUAUUAAACCUACAAAUUAUGAUACUAUACAAGAGACUGAGCCUUCUGUCACUUAAAAGGCACUUCAAAGUGACAGAAGUUGUACAUGAGAAAUUAUUAAUUAGUAAUCAUUGUGCUGAGAGGAGAUGUCAUGUCAGCCAUUUCGUUUUCUUAAUAAGUUGGUUACCUUAAGUACCAUUUUCAUUGAUUUUCAGAAAUUUCUUUAAAAAAUAAAAAUAUUAUGAUAAGGAAUCAAGGUUUUGGUUUUGGUUUUUGGUUUUUUUUGUCCUUUCAAAUUUGGUCAUAAUGGCACUGGAAAAUAGCCUGUUUGUUUCCCAUUCUUCUAGACCCCCUUUUUGACGGUGAGGUCCUAAUCGCAUCUCUUCAAUAGACCUGUUACUGGCUUUUGGAUUUUCCCCAUUAACGCCAGAAAUUUGUGCCUUUGUUCCUAAAUUGAAAGUCUGGAAGGAAGGAAAACACAAACUGUUUUUUUUUUUUUUUUAAUUAGUUUCAACACUGCAUAAGAGAGGGUGUGUUUGAGUACUGUGCCCCUUUCUGCUCAGAAUCGCUAUUGAGAAUAAAGGCUCCUGGUCUACAGAAGUUUUCAGUUA